UUUAGAAUGGGCAGGCGGACAGGUGUAGAGGAAGGUGAGUUUGUGUGGUUACUGUAAGAGAACGAAAUCUACUGACAUGGCUAAAUUCCUUUCUGGAACUCAGAUUAAUGAGUUCAAGGAAUGUUUCUCCUUGUACGAUAAGAAACGCAAAGGGAAGAUUGAAGCGAAGGACCUGAUCACAGUUAUGCGCUGUCUGGGAACGAGUCCCACCUUCAGUGAAAUUGACAGACAUUUGCAGGUCCACAAGAUCGAUAAAAAGGGUGAACUGGACUUCUCCACCUUCCUGACAAUGAUGCACCGUCAGAUCCAGCAGGAAGAUCCCAAGGCGGAGAUCCUGGAGGCCAUGAGGAUGACAGACAAGCAGAAGAAGGGUUACAUCCUUGCCUCAGAGCUCCGGGCCAAGCUCACCAAGCUAGGAGAGAAGCUGACUGAAAAAGAAGUGGACGAUCUGUUCCGAGAAACCAACGUGAAGUCUAAUGGCAAGGUGCAUUACGAGGAGUUCACCAGGAUGGUGACAUUACCGCCAGUGGAUUAUUGAGUGACAAGCUCAUAUGAUUUAAUCGCAGAAGGGACCUGGCUAUGCAUGCACUGAUAAUUACACAACCACCGCGAUUAAUUUCAUUGAUUGAUGAUCUAGGAUGUAUGUGUUGCUAUUGCAGAAUGCAAUCUUUCAAGACAUUACAUGUUAGACAUUUUGCAGACACUAACCCAGAGAGAAUUACUUUAGUGAGUGCAUACGUUUUUGGCAUGUUUCGUAUUGAGUCAAUAACCCUGGCAUUGCUUGCCCCAUGAUCUCAUUAUUAAAUAAGUUAAAAUUUAUGUUAAGAGUUUGAUUAAUUAAAUGGAUAAACGUCCUUUUUUAUUCAGGAUGUUUGUUUUACUCUUUGCGGUGUAUCAUGUUCGAUGUAAGUUUGUUGCUGGGUUGGUUAACGUGUGAAUGGAAAGGAUAGGUUUGAGAUUAAGUAAAUACGUAACUUUUCUACUUAA